AUGCAAACAGAUGCCGUGCCCCUGUUGAAGGAUUAUGCAACGUAUGAGACCACCUUGCCAGUGCGCGAACUUCGACAGGGCAAACCUCUUGCGUUGUACCAGCUGCCUUUUUACGUCGCAGCUGUUGAUUUGGACGCUUUUGCCAAGCAGAUGAGCUGUGAGUUGGCGCAGCGUUCGACGGUAGAUUACAUCGCUGCCUCCUCCCAUUCAGGCAAGUCGGCCUCCGUGUUGGUGGGCUUUCUUAGAUCCAGAGAAGGCAUUCUUGGUGACAAAGCAUUGGAAUUCACCCAUUACUUGUAUAUGCCCUUUUCAAACAAUGCUGGAAACUUCCAUAGCAAUUAUGUGGAUGAUGAGGAGCUGUUGGUGAGUGCAUGUGGCAAAAGCCCGAAGAAACGAGAAGCCUUGGGCGCGUGCUACAUGCGGGAUUGCUUGAGGGCACAAGUUUCUGAAGGGGAAUACAUUGAUGUUUGGAAUCCACCAGACACCAUUCCAAUCUUCAAGGCAACAGCGAAAGUUCUGCAAGAGGAUGUCUCCACCUUCAUGCAGCGCAGUCCGAAAGGUGUGCUUUUGGUGCAUGUGGAUGAGCACAGGUCUAUGUGUCCAGAUCCAGAUUUUCGCCGAGGUGCAUUGAGAGUGCUUGCAGAGCUCCCCAGGGUCCAGGUCUUGGCGACCUACACUGACAUCCCACCAUUGCCAGGUCAAAAGUCUUCAGAAACCUGCCGGAGACCAAUCGCAUGUUUGCUGCCCGAUGUCAAAACAAUCAUGGAUGAGCGCUUGCAGAUGUGUUUUCUGGAUUUGAUGGAUGAGGCAGUUCUGCUUCGUGUUGCGACUUUACGAGUGACCAUUGGGCUUGCUCUCCAGAAACUCUUGCUUGCCGGCUUGCACUUUAAUGACAGUGAGGUUGACGAGCUGUUGAACAAGCUCAACGAGAUUUUGGCGAAUGAGGGUGAAGCCGUCAAGAGGCUUGAGAAUUGCAUCGAAGAAUGCAAUCAAAAGUGGAUGAUUGACGCAGCAGAGGAAUCGGAGCACUUGAUAGAUUUGCUUUGCGGCAUCAAGGAACAGUCGAAGAAAGUACGAGAGCAGCGCUUUCCGCAGGUGGUUGCAUUGCAAGGAAUACUGACUGCUCCACUAGAGGUGCUUAUGCGUGAUAGUGACCCGAAUGACCCUGCCAACAAGUUGCAUCGUCGUUGUCAAAGUCGUUUCAAAAGUGUGCUGAGGGUGAACCCCAAGGCAGCAGUGACUGCAGGGAAGGUUUUGGAACACGCUUACUUAUGGGUGCUUGCCUGCAAGUCCUACAAGCUCGAGGAAGUCACGUUUGGCGAGGAGGUGGUCGAUUUCCAAUGCAAAAGCGUCAAGCCAGGCUAUAUUUUUGGCAACAGCAACAGUCUAGACUCUGCCAAAGUUGCAGGGAUGAAGCAAGCUACGCUUUAUUAUGCAGAAGGCAACCACCCAUGCGCGGACAUUUUCUUCAAGGAUGACACAGGUGCCCUGUAUUUGGUUGAUGUCGGGGGCACUAGCGACAUGAUGAAGGCACGGAAAAAAGUUCAGAAGAUGAAUGACAUCGUUUGCCACGAGCGUCUACGUGAUGACCUGGGAGAAUUGAUGGGUGUGGUGUUGCUGCCAAACAUCAUGAACAUCUCCUUGGAAGAAGCUGAACAAACCAUCUCCGAGACAAUCAUGGUCACGGGCGCAGAAGCCCGGAAUUUGCUUGGCGGGCUUGUCCAACUGCUUGCCUGGCUGUCCCCUGUUUGA